GAGCAAGUAAAGAGUGAGAAAGUGAGAAAUAUGAGGGUGGGGGAGUAAUAAAGUGAAGGAGUGGUGAGUGAUGGGUUAAGGGAAUAAGAAGUGAAAGGGUGAGAUGUGACACAUGAGGGAAUGAGACGGUAAAGAGUAAGAGAGUGAGGAGAACCGGUAAACAGUAAGGAAGUGACAGAAGAGUGAGAGAGUAAGGCAGUGAGAAAUAAGAGACUGAGGAGUGAGAGAGAGAAGGGGUGCAGAAGUCAGAAAGUGAGGACUGUGAGCGAGGGACUAAAGAAGGAGUGAAAGAGUGAGAAGUGAAUGUGAGGGAGUGAGGAGUGUAGAAGUUAGUGAGGAUUGAGAGUGAGAAAUGAGGACAGUAGAAGUUAGAGAGUUAGGAUUGAGCAUGAGAAAUGAGGACAGUUGUCUGCUGACAACUUUCAUGUAGAUGCGAAUUUCAUUUUCCAGCAGGACACUUCCAAGGGUACCAAUUGGUCUUACUGUAUAUAGGAUUCAAAUUUUCUGAAGCCAUAAUCAUGAGCACUAGAACAUGCAGAAACCUCCAGACAGUCUGAACAAAGAUGUAGGAAGCAUUUUUAUUAUCUACUGUUUCUGUCUUUCUGAAACAGAACUUCUAAUAGAGGUUCAGACACUCUACACUCCUCCAUCCACACCCUUUCUGGUGUCCAGCUGUUGUAGCUGGAGUUCUUCCAGUCUGCAGCACCGCCUCUGGAAACAAAGCACACACACACACACACACACACUCCAGAGCGAGGAGAUCUGCGUCCAGCGCUGUUCCUCAUAACACAGAGAGAACCCUUCAGACCCAGCUGAGCUCCAGGCCUGUGCUCACCUGACCUGCCCUUCCCACUCUGCCAGCAUGCAGCCUCGGAGCGUGGCGGCGGUCAGUGUGGUGGACGUUCAGAAAAGAAGAAACCCUUCCAAACACUACGUGUUUAUCAUCUCAGUGCUGUAUUCAGAUUCCAGCUCACAGCUGCUCUACAGGAGAUACAAUCACUUCUUCAACCUACAGAUGAAGCUACUGGAUUUGUUUCCAGAGGAGGGGGGAGAGAGAGACCCCAAACACAGAAUCAUACCCUUAUUACCAGGUAAAGUUGUGUUUGGCCGCAGUCAGGUCAGAGAUGUAGCAGUGAGGCGACUCAAACACCUGGAUAAUUACUGCCAGGCUUUGGUGAGAUUGCCUCCUCGUAUCUCUCAGAGUGAAGAGGUGCUGAAGUUUUUUGAGCCCAAACCAGAAGAUCUCAACCCCCCAAAAGAGGACUCCUCAUUCCUCACACCAGGGGUGGAGUGCGGGGACGCCAUGAGCGGAGACGAAUGUUUGUGUGUGUUUGUGGUGGCAGCAGAUUAUCAGCGGCAGGAGAACACAGAGAUCAGCCUGCGAGCAGGAGAGAGGGUUGAGGUGAUCGAGAAGAACGACACAGGAUGGUGGUUUGUGAGUACGGCAGAAGAACAAGGCUGGGUUCCAGCUACGUACCUCAUCUCUCUUGCAGAACAAAAAGAACGCAGAACAAAAAAAGGAAACAGUGCAGGUCGCUAUGUGACAGUCCAGGCCUACAGCAGUUCGGGUCGGGAUGAGCUGGGGUUUGAGCGCGGGGUCACUGUGGAGGUCAUCCAGAAGAAUCAGGAGGGCUGGUGGUUCAUACGGUCUGAGGGGAGGGAGGGCUGGGCUCCAGCUUCCUACCUGAGGAAGGUGGAGGAAGACGUUGCCCCCGGUAACCAGACCGCCUCAGUGGAGACCGGAGAAGAGUCAGCCAUCGGUCCGGUGGAGAUCAUCGGAAACCUAAUGGAGAUCAGCAACCUGCUGAACCGGAGACCAGCCAGUGACACAUACUCUGCAGACGACACACACUCAUACUCAGAGUGUGACACGAACAGCGACUCACACUUUAGUGCUGAGAGCACAGAAGAGCUGUACACCAGUGUGGACAUCUCACACAUCACUAUCAAUGACACACACAACACCAUCAAUAACACACAUGCCGUCAUCGACACACACACUGAUGACCUAAACGCUGGAGUGGACCGCACCAGCACACACACACACUCCGACAGAGACGCCGACUCCAGCUCGGGACAGCACACACACACCACAGCUUCUGAGGCUCCGGACACGACUGUGUGUGUGUCUGUCCCAGAGAUGAGUGUGUGCUCCGCCGUGCAGAAGACACACACCCCUGCCAUCGCCCGAGUUACACCACAGAGAUUCCACAGCGUGGAAAAUGGUUCGUCAUCUAUCAGAGACAAGCCUUUGCCCCGCAGAGAAAACAGCCUGGGGUUUCAGCUGCCACAACCUCCUGAUGCCCCUAGUGUUGAUGUGGAGUAUUACACCAUCGCUGAAUUCCAUUCAUGUCUGAGUGACGGCAUCAGCUUUGGUGGAGGAGAGAAAGCUGAGGUCAUAAAGAAGAACUCUGGAGGUUGGUGGUAUGUACAAAUUGGGGACAAAGAAGGCUGGGCUCCGUGCUCCUACAUGGACAAGCGAAAGAAACCCAGCCUAAGCCGAAAGACCAGCACCCUCACACGGCCAAAAGUCCCGCCCCCUGCCCCGCCCAUUAAAAAGCAGACCUCACUGCCCUGCAUGGAGUCUGAUGUCAUGACCCUCGAUAAGAUCUGCGUGUAUGAGGAGCCGGAGUAUGAUGUUCCAGCAGUGGGUUUGGAGCCUGAGCAUGCGUUCCUUCCUGCAGACGCUAAAGCCCCACACUCCUCCCCCUACUGGCUGGGAGCCGAGGUACCAGGUAGGGAAGAGCAGUUUAUCUAUGACAGCAACACCUCUGGAAUCUCACAUUCGUCCAACAGGGGGCGCCAGAGGCCGGUGUGGGAUCCUCCUGAGUAUGACGCCCCCACAAUCGAGUUCAGUUCAGUGUCCUUUUCCCAGGAAGAGCAGGACGAAGGAUCUAAACCUAAGCCCAUCCUCCGGCCCAAACCCUCAAACCCAGACUUUAGCUCCCUCAGACAGAGCCUCAAACCGACAAACCAGCAGAACCAGAACCAAUCGAGAUCCUCACGGGCGUCAGGUUUGUCUCUGUCUGACUCCGCCUCCUCUCUAGGUGACUCCCAUACAUUUAAGCUGUCAGUCAACACAGAGGCCGAGGUCACGCGCCCCUGUUUAUCAGUCAGUGCUGAGGGUGAGGUCAUGGCCUCUCAGCUGUCUGUCAGUGCCAAGGCCGAAGUCACGCCCCCUCGGCUUCACACCAGGACUGAGACUGAGGCCACGCCCCUCCAGCUUUAUCGCAGCACUGCACAGUUCCAGCACAGCGCUCCUGGUGAGCUCAGCCUGCCAGCUGGUGUGAUCGUGGAGGUGCUGGAGAAGCAGCAAAGUGGUUGGUGGUUUGUCCGCUGGGGAGCACAAGAGGGCUGGGUCCCCACCUAUUUUCUGGAGCCCAUUACACACACACUCAUUGCGGGUGUACGGAACGGAGAAUCUGACAGAGAGAAGGCCGAGCAGACUGGUUCUAAUAACAGAGGAACCAUAGGGGGCACAGUGAGACUCCAGGAAGGAAACAGUAACAGUAAGGACAAUGCCAGUGUCGCAGUUGACUAUGCCAGUGUUACCAAGGACAAAAACACGAUUGCUAACGAGAACCCAGGCCCUCGUUGGAAGAAUGAGUCUCCAGGUCCACAGAUGACCCGUCGUGACCAGUCCGGUUCUGCACGAUCCAUCCCUGUGUCCAUGGUGAAGCCCAAACCCCAUCUCAUCCACAACAACCUGAGAGAGGAGUACGUCACGGUGGCCGAUUACAGCGGCAACACGGAGUCCAUGGGAUUCCCAGCAGGAACGAGGCUGGAGGUUCUCGAGAAGAACACUAAUGGUUGGUGGUACUGCCGCACCCUCGACUCUCUUCACACGCGGCGGGGCUGGGUGCCCUCCAACUUCUUGGAGAAGAAGACAUAGAGGGAGAAGUGAGGAGAGCUUAAUGCAAAAUGAUGCAGUGGGUGUAAUAGGAAAAAGUCACCAAUUUUUAUUUUAUUUUUAUUUUUUAUUUUACAUAUUAUUGUGCAUUAUCAGCUUAAUGUUUAUAAAAGGGUGGUGUAUCUGUGGUGUAUAUAUAUAUAUAUACAGUGCCAUGUAAAAAGUAUUUGCCCCUUAAAGAUUUCUUUUGUUUUUUUAACCUUUUUUUUGUUUUCUUUAGUUUUUUUUAUCAAACAAAAUGUUAUAUCAGCCCAAGAUAACCUGAGUAAAUACAAAAAGCAGUAAAUUGAAAUAGUAAUGUCAAUCAAUAAAAAAACAGAUUUAUCACAGUUUUUAAGUUUUUAAAUUGGAUAUUUAAAUGUAAAUAAAAGAAUAAGUGUAAGAAAUGUAAAAUGCAAAAAAAAAAAAAAAACGUUUUAAUCUACACAGAUUUCUCUCCUGAAAACGUCUCUGUCCUGAUUUAUUUUUCACAUAUGGCCAGGUUGAUUUGGAUAUAUUCUUUUCCCUUAAUAAAUGAAAUUGUCGUUUUAAAACAGUUUUUAUUUACUCAGGUUAUCUUUGUCUGAUAAUAAAAUUAGUUUGAUCAUCUGAAAAACGGACAGAAUGUUUAAUUAAACAGGGGGGCAAAUACUAAGGAGGGUGGGCAUGUUAGAUCUUAGCUUACCUGAAUUUAGCUAAUGUUAGCUGUUUAAUAACCUUGAUGUGAUCUGACCUGCCCUACCAGGUUGUAGUUUUAGCUUCACAAAUCUCAAUGCAGGGCGACAAACUACAAUAUGAAAUAUGAAGUAUAGCAUGACUAAAAAUCCCUAUAUUUUUCAUAUGAUCUACACUCUCAGUGGUAAUAGUAUUAUAGUAAUACACUAUAGGAAGUCUAUGGGGUGCUCUAUAAUGCUUUAGAAUGUUUAUAUGAUCCACACUCUCAAUUUGACAGACUGUAAUACACUACAGGGAGCAUAGGGGGCGCUCUAUUAUGCUUGUUAGUGUUCAUAUGUUCCACACUCUCAUUCUGACAGACUGUAAUACACUAAAGGAAGCAUAGAGGGCGCUCUAUAAUGCUCUAUAAUGUUCAUAUUAUCCACACUCUCAUUCUGACAGAUGGUAAUACACUAAAUAAAGCAUGAGGGGCGCAAUAAAAUGCUAUAUAAUGCUUUGUAAUACUCUGUAAAGCUCAAAGGAUUCACACUCUCAUUCUAACAGACUGUAAUACAUUAUGUGUGUCAUGUUUAUUUGCAUGUAUUUGAUUUAGAGUUGAUGAUGUGAUGUUAUUGUCACAGAUAUUUUAAAUUCUUGUACGCUAUAUAAACAUGUUUAUCAUUAGCGAUAUGUUACAGUUACAGUUAGGCAGAUAAUGUAUGUACUGUUCAAUAGGAAAAACCUUAUUAUUUGAUUGGACAGGCUGGACACUUACAUUAUCUGACUAACUGCUCAUUUAAGUAAUAAAAUAACAAUCUGUUAAAA